UCAAAUCGUUACAUCUCAUGCUACAUGCUUCUUUUUCAAUUUUAUUUAUAUUAUAUCCUAAAAUUGUAUUUAGGUUCAAUAUCUUUGAUAUUUUGAUAAGUUGUAAACGACCUACUUUUUACCUGGCGGAUGUAUAAUAAUAUACCGAUACACAAGCUUGUUCUAAAUUUAGUAAUUUAUUCUUCCGCCAACGUUAUCACCUGUAAUUCUGUUUCGGAUUUGUUGACAGCAUCUGGGUCAUAUAAUAAACACAAAAGAUGACAGACCAAGCUUUCAGAAACAUUAACCCCAGACAGCCUUGUUUUUUGAUAUGGCGUGUGGAGAACAUGAAUGUAGUUGCAGUCCCGAAGCCUCAGUAUGGUGUAUUUUACAAGGGAGAUUCAUACAUAGUCUUAUCAUUUGCAUUACCGGGACAACGACGAGGAGCCAGUUCUCAGGUGAAGGAGGGUAAAGGUUCUUGCGUUGCACACAUUCACUUCUGGCUCGGUAAAGAGACGUCUCAAGAUGAGGCUGGGGUGGCGGCCUUUAAGUGCGUAGAAUUAGACGAUUGCCUCGGAGGGUUCCCUGUACAGCAUCGCGAGGUUCAGGACAGUGAAUCCAAACUAUUUCUCUCCUACUUCAAGAAUGGAAUCAUGAAAUCUUUCAUCAUAGAUAAUGGAAGAAUGGGCUUCAUUAAGAAGAAGGCUUAUCCAAACCAUACCAAAGUGACAAGAGUUAUUGAAGGAGGGGAACCAUCAGACUUUAAAUGUCUUUUCAAGUCCUGGCCAAUGCCUGUAGCCACUGGAAAGGCCUAUAACAACAAUAAGAUUGCUAAGACUGUACAGACAAAGUUUGAUGCCAGUACUUUACACAGUAACAGAGCUCUUGCAGCUGAGACCAGAAUGGUUGAUGACGGGUCAGGGAACGCUGAGAUAUGGCGUGUGGUUGACUUUGAUCUGAAGCCCGUCUUGAAACAGGACAUUGGUAUGUUCUAUGGUGGAGACUGCUACGUUAUUUUAUACACUUACCAAGUGAAUGGUAGAGAACAUUAUAUCGUAUAUUACUGGCAGGGUCUGCAAGCAUCACAAGAUGAGAAGGGAACUUCAGCUUUGAAGGCCGUAGAAAUUGAUGACAAGCUAGGGGGAGCAGCUGUACAGGUCAGAGUUGUAAUGAACAAAGAACCACAACAUUUUACUGCAAUGUUUGACGGCAAAAUGAUCAUAUUCUCUGGAGGUCAUUGUGGUUGGACUGGAGGACCUUCUAGCGAUGGUCCAGGGGACUCUUACAUGCUGCAAGUACGUGGGACCAAUAUCUACAACACAAAGGCAUUACAAGUACCUAUGGAGGCGGCAUCACUCAACUCUAAUGAUGUGUUUGUGAUUUUUACAAAGAAAUGUACAUUCAUCUGGUGUGGAAAGGGAAGUACAGGAGAUGAAAGGCAGGCUGCCAAAAAUGUAGCUGCAAGAUCACCCAGAGAGGCGACCAUUGUGAUUGAAGGUCAAGAAAAAGCAGCAUUCUGGGAAGCUAUCGGAGGUCAGGCCGAGUACUUGAGUGAUAAAAGACUACAACAGGAGGAAUCUGAGCAUCCCCCACGUCUGUUCCAAAUCUCAAACGCGUCUGGUAGUUUCACAUGCGAGGAGAUACCGGAAUUUGUUCAGCAGGAUUUAUGUACAGAUGAUUGCAUGAUGUUGGAUCUGUGGGACGAUAUUUAUAUCUGGGUCGGUGCAAACGCACGCGACGAUGAGAAGAAGGAGGCUGAAAGAUUAGCUAUGGAAUACCUAAAUUCUGACCCGGCUGAUCGAGACCAAGAAACACCAAUCUAUAGAAUAAGACAAGGCUGUGAACCUCCAACGUUCACUGGAUUCUUCGGUGUCUGGGACGAUGAUUUCUUUAAAAAUUCUCAAGAUUACAAGGAACUUGGUCAACAACUUGCUUCAAAUAAUGAUGCUGUUGUCCUUGUGCAAGAGAGCAUGGAUGCCAAUGGUGGUGUUAACUUUGACGAGAUGAGCAAAUAUCCCCUGGCCGAGUUGCAGGUGAAUACUGAGGAUUUACCAAGUGGUGUUGAUCCAAAAUGUAAAGAGAUGUUCUUAACAGCAGAUGACUUUAUGAAGACAUUCAACAUGACCUAUACUGAGUUCUUAGGAAAACCUUUGUGGAAACAACAGGCAAUGAAAAAAGCGGCAAAACUAUUCUGAGUUGCUAUGGCUACUUGACAGAUUAUUUUAUAGUGUAUAUAUUUAGAAUAUUGAAAUCAUGUAUAAUAAAUUAUUACAUGGGUAAACUUUAGUAUAAAUGAUAUUUUUAAACAAGAAUGGACUGGAUAUCAGUUAUCUUUUUAUCUGUUUUUGAAAGUUUUUUCAGAAGCAAUAGUUUAAGUGUAAAAUAAAAUCCUUCUUUAGGAUUGAUUGUUAAAUUUUCUUCGUAGAGGAGUAAAAUUGAUGUAAUUUUUAAGUGGCAAGGGAGUUAAGUAGUACUAAGAACAAUUGUUCAAAGGGAAACAACUCCUCCCUGGAUCAUAGCAAGUGUUUUUUUGUCUCAAUUGAUGGGCCUAAUAAGUAUAAAUGUAUUUUAUUUGAUCUCUUUUAAAGUGAAAAAAAGAAAGACUGUAAAGGAGGAAAAUUGAAAGUUUCUGAUGUUAAAAAAGCUUGGAACUGUGAAUUCCAUUCAUUUUCUUGAGUUGUAUACCGGUAUUAUUAAAGAUCAAUCCAUAGAUAAUUACCUCUACAGAAACAUUGUCAUAACUGACUAAAUUUAUAAUAGAAAUUAAACACAUCUCUCACUGCCAUAGCAUAAUGAUCACAUGACCUCUUUUUUAAUCAGUCCUUAUCCAUUCCAGUGAUCUAAUCACAUGACGUUUUGUCAACCAAUUGAAAUAUAUCUCAAUGAUCACAUGACUUCUUGUAACUUAUCCUUUUUUAAUACAAUGGUCUCAUGACCUUAUUAACCUAUCACAGGCUAUUUCUGUGAUCACAUGACCUUGUGUCAACCAAUCAUAGCUGGCUUUACUGAACCAUAUCAAUGCUGUACUGUGAUUUAAUAUUUUACAUUCCAAACAUAAACUUAUAUACAGUUUUAAAGUAGGUUUUGAAAUUUUCAAAUUUGAUUUUUGGUAUGACUUUUUAAAUUUUUGACCUUGUUAAGUUCUAAAUUUCUUUUUAAAAUGUAAUUUGCCCCAAUAUUAUAAUUUCACUACAAUCUCCAGAAGUAUUAGUGAAAUAAAUAGUGAUUUUUUUGUGGUCAAAACCUAUUCAGAUUAUUUUAUAAAAGGUUAAGGGCAUUGUAGAAAUGACCGUGCCCACUCGUGCCAAAACCAAUGAUCAAAGUGGCACCUGAUGUCUUCCUAAACUUGAAAAAUUAAUGUGAAAUAAUGUAGAUAAAUCCAUGGUGUGUAAGUUGGAUCAGUGUGAAUAUUUCAAACUCUACUACCAAUAUAUUUAAUAUGAUCUUAUAAAUACUGAUCUUUAUGAUAUUUAUAUAUAUACAAAAUAUAUAUUGUCUAGGUCAUUAUAUAAAUUGCCAUCUCAUUUAUAGACUUAUCUUUAACAAAUCUAGUAAAGUUUUAUAAAGGUAACCGGGAACCUGAACUCAUUCAGUAUCCAUGUGAAUAUACAUUAAAUUUUAUGGAUAUGAAAUUAUGUGGUUUUGAUAAAAAAGGACAUUUUCGUGGGUUCUUUAAUUCAUGGGAUGUCUGUUUGUGCAAAAAAAAUUGAAAAGCAAAUAAUUUAAUAUAAGUAAUCGUACAGCAGACAAAAUAAUUUUUUUGUUGAAUGUUAAAUUCAUUGAUUGACUGACCCAUCCAUGAAAACCAGUGCCCCAUGAAUAAUGAUUUCACGGUAAUGGUGUACACACACAAUGUUUCUAUAAGUUUUCAUAUGAUGAUCAGUAAAAAAAGGUUAGUGCCUCGGUUUCCAGCUCAUUAUUAUGUGUUAUGUGUUAGAAAAAAAUAUUUACAAGCUUUAUUAUUAUAAAUACCUAGUAUAAUAAUUAUGUUUCUUAACUUUUUUGUUUUGAAAUUUGUUAUUUUUUUAUAUAAUGGUUAUGGAUUUUUUUUUAAAGUUAUAUAUAUUAAUCUCUGUUGCUGGUUGUGAGAAAGUUUAUAUACAUAUGCAUGUACAUUUUCAAUUUUUUUUUAAAGGGGGCAUCUACCCUUAUUCCAUAAAAAGGGCCAAUAUUUCCCUUUUCAUAAUUAUUCACAAUCGCUUUUUUUUGUAAUUAUUUCUAUUAUUCAAACCUAGUUUGUUAGUUAAAGUAGUUAUUAUAGAAUAGUGCUGCUUUUUUGUCUUAUAGAUUUUAUGUUUUGUAUACAAGCACUUAGAUCUGAUAUUAAAUGUAAUGUUUAAAUGUUUAUUUUUAUAUGGAUAGUGUUUGUUGUUUUUCUGUGUUAAGGUGUAAGGCGAGAAAUUGGCAUCCUUGUAAUAGAAAUUUUAUUAUAGGGAAAAGUGAGAAAUGAAUACAUUUUAGUGGUAAUUUUGAUGCCUUUGUAAUGAAUUUUUCCACUUCUGACAGUAAUAUUCAGUAAAUUCCUUUAAUAUAUUCAAGGCCAAAUUAUUGUCUUACAUCUAUACGUUUAGUUUCUAUGUCACUGUAUUUUCUAAAAAUAAAAUAUGGUGUUGUUAUUGUUAAACUUAGAAUUUUAUAAGUAACACAUAAUUAUAUAGUCACACAAGUUAAAAUAUAUAGACAGGUUGACAGUUUAUUAAAAUGUCAUUUUAAUUGAAAGAAAAUAUUUAAUUACAGAAUUUAUAUUUGAUAGCAAAAGGUAUAAGUCCUUAAGUUGUGUUUUGAAAUUUCUUAUUUUGUUAAGUAUCUGUAUAAUGAAAAGUGUUAUUAUUGAAAAUAUAUCAUAAAAUUUAUAUGAAGAUCAUUGUUUGUUAUAUUUGUAAAAUUGAAAUUAUUUUAUCUUAUUUAUGUAUAAAUUAUACAGUUGCUACAAAUAUGUCAACAUAUUCAUUUUGUUAUCACAGUUCAGUGAGAGAAUUUUCAGUUUAAUGUGAAAUUGUAACUUGUAUGAAAAUCAUAUUAAACCUUAAUGCUCCAUAUUCAAAUAAAUAACAGUUUUAGAUACUGGAAGUGUAUAGGCAUAUCUUAUAUAUGUGGAUAAUCCAUCAUUAUUAAUUCACUGCUAAAAUAAGUUAAUAAUACACUUUAUGAUAUUAAUGCUGAUACAGGCUUUCAGCAAUUUGGCAUAAAAUUUUAAAAAACCUAAACAAAAUAUCCUUACAAUUCAAUUCAGAAAAUUAAGUUAAAAAUAUUGUGGUUUGUCAGUAAAACUUUUAUAUUCUAACACUAAAACUGGAAAAAAAGUCUAAAAAGAAUCUAGUACGAGAGAGGUUGUUUUGUUUUGUAUUCCAUGAGCAAGUGAUGAAGAUAUCCCAGAAAAAUGUGCUAAUAUUUACAUAGACCUUUAGUUCUUACAUGUAUUUUUUACAAAAAAGAAGCAAUACUUGUACAGUUAGAUACUUAAUUUGUAGUUGGGUUCGUUGUGGUAUUGAUAUAUUAACAAAACAAAAAAUUGAACCAUUCCAAAAAAAAUUAGUGAUAGUUUGUUUAUACAAAGGCAUGGGGCAAGCUCACUGCUUGUGUGUAUUUUUACUAGAUAGAUUUAGAUAGGUAAAUGUUGAGUUUUCCCUCACAUUGUAUUUUAAUGUUUGCUGCAAUUAUCUAUAUUUGGGGUCAAAAGCCUUGUAAAUUAAUAAAAAUGAAUACCAGUCAACAGAUGUGUCUCUGCCAUUGGUCGAUUCAAAAUUUUGAAAUUGAAUUGGCCAAUCAGAUGCUUGCAUUGUGGACUGGUGUCAGUAUUCUAGACACUAAAUUUAAAUAACCUAGAUUUAUAGGGCCACAUCCUUAUUGAUCAGUUACCAUAGUAAACUUAAUUAAUAUAAGCAAAUAAUACUUCUGUUGUUAAAACGAGACUGUAGGAUUAUUUUCAUUUAGGAAAAAGUCCAGAACAAAACCACCAGACCAUUAUUAUGUUACUAUUACUUGAAUAUAUAAGAUGGAGGUCUGGAAUUCAUCAUAAAUUUCUUUCCAUAUUCUUCAUAUCAUUAUUUUGCUUCUUGUACACACUAUAAAUGUACUAACUGUAUUUGCCAGUUGAUAUUUUGUUGAACAUGUUAUACUCUAUAAUUUGCUCAAAUAAGUCUAGGUAUAUUUAACAUGUUAUCACAUACCCGUGCCGCUUUUACAUCUCUGUAAAAAUGGUGGAUAGCACGGCUAUGCAUAUAUUUUGAUGUGAGGCAAUGUGCGAAAUACGAACAUAGCCUAAAGACGCGCUUAAUAUAAGGGUUAUACUAUAAUACAUGUAUAAUAUUGUAAAUGAAAAUAUUCUACUCUAAAACCUUUUUCAUUUUGAUUUUUUAAAAAAUAUUUUUCUGGAAUAAUUAAAGUAUCAAAUAUGAACAAUUAUCGUUUAAUUAAUUUAUAUUGAAAGUCAAACAGUACUUGCGCCAUAUACCAGUACUUGUUUCGUCUUACUGGUGCCUUUGUCAAUAAAACUAUUGCAUCAGAUCAACCUGUCUAUAAAAACCACACAUUUAAUAACCAAGGGCAAGUAUAUAUACAGUUCUAUAUCAUCAGAUAGUCUUAUUCAAAGGUUUUUAUUAAAUGGUUUCUCUUAAGAUGUGGUCUUUGAUCCGAGUUUGCCUAGUAUUUCAAUGAAUUAGAAAUCAAAUCUGUUUUAUUGUUGGAAGCAUGGUUUGUUUUCAAAAUAUUUCUUCUUUUUUGUUGUUGAUAUGUUGAAUUGUUUUACAUGCAAUAAAAUAAUAAAAAACAACAACAUUGAUUUUGUAUGCAAAAAUACAAACAUCUUUAAUGUUAUGUAACUUUUAAGGCACUUUCCAAAAUAUUUGUUUUUUUCCAUACAUUAAGCUUGUUUUGUACCUCCUUUGUUUCUCUAUGUUAUUAUUUGGAAUAUAUUUGUUUUUAUUAACCCUUUAUGUGUAACCUACAGUGUAUCUAUUUGCAAACUUUUAAAGCUGUGAUGUAUUUAAAAUAAUAUUUGUCUCAAAUAUAACAACUUCUGCGUAAAUCUGUAAACACAACUCCCCCGUCUCCCCCGUAACACACUCGUAGUACACUAACACUUUUGUAUGUAAGACAUGUGAAUUCUUACAUUCUUCAUAUAUUGACAAUGUUUUGUUGAGUAAUUGAUUAUACCCUCUACAAUUUCUUUAUGACAUAUGGAUAGGUUAUAUAUUAACCUUAAAUAUCAUUAGGUACAAGAACUUACUAUUUCUACUGUAUUUCUUUAAAAGUACAUGCAUUCCUUUUCCUCGAUGGCAAACUUUUACCAAGUUCUGUUUACUUGACUUUUUUUGUCUUUUGUUAAAUAUAAUUAUGAAAUCUUUUAUAUCACUGAUCAAAAUACAAUUUCAUUUAGGACGUGUUUUUAAUAUAUAAUUGUUUUUAAAAAAAAAGAGAUAAAAGGCUAUAAAUUAUCAUAGUUUUUAUUAAUUCUAUUUUUAGAUAUAACAAGCAUAAUAACAAAAUCAUUACAUUUUACUAUGUGUGUUAUAACAAAUGAUGUUCAUAUUUUGUUUACUUUAAAUGAUCUAUAUUCUUGAUCUAAAUUUCUCAACCAUAUUGACCUAGAUUUACAACCAUGUUGACCUAGAUUUACAAGUGUUGUCCUAGAUUCUAGAUUAGGUCUUCAAUAAUAUUGAUCUAGAUUCUCAACCAUUUUGACCUAGAAUUUUCAACCAUUUUGACCUAGAUUUUCAACCAUUUUGACCUAGAUUCUCAAUCAUUUUGACCUAGAUUUUCAACCAUUUUGACCUAGAUUCUCAGUUGUGUUGUCCGGUUUUUCAUGCUCUUACAUUGUUAUAAACUUGUCACAUACAUGUAACACCUUGGCAAUAAUAAAUUUAUAUAUAACAGG